UUUUCAGUCUGUCCACCAAUCACAUUCCAAAUAAUACACCCUCUCUCCAUAUUUUUCAACCGGUAACCGAUUAAUCCCGGCCAGCUUGGACGACCCUUUCAAAUAUAAGUAAGAACCAAAGCUGAGAAGUGGAGACCAGUGCAGGCCAAUACUCACUCAAACAACACCCUGAUAUCUUCACUCUCCAUUCCGACCGCUUGAUUUUGAUCUUACGGUAAACAUGCCGAUCCGAAACAUAGCCGUUGGCCGCCCCGAAGAGGCUACUCACCCAGAUGCUCUUAAGGCAGCUUUGGCCGAGUUCAUAUCAACCCUAAUCUUCGUUUUCGCAGGAUCAGGCUCAGGCAUGGCCUUUAACAAACUGACCGAUAACGGAUCAACCACGCCAGCUGGUCUCGUAGCCGCCUCCCUAGCUCACGGCUUCGCCCUUUUCGUUGCUGUCUCCGUUGGCGCCAAUAUCUCUGGUGGCCACGUCAACCCUGCUGUCACCUUCGGUGCUUUCGUUGGCGGGAACAUCACUCUCUUACGUGGCAUCAUUUACUGGAUCGCCCAACUCCUUGGCUCAACCGUCGCUUGCCUGUUACUUAAGUUCGCUACCAGCGGCCUGUCUGUACCAGCUUUUGGAUUGUCAUCAGGAGUGGGAGUGUGGAACGCGUUUGUUUUCGAGAUCGUGAUGACUUUCGGAUUGGUUUACACAGUCUACGCCACAGCCGUUGAUCCUAAAAAAGGAAGUUUGGGAGUGAUCGCACCAUUGGCAAUUGGUUUAAUUGUGGGGGCCAACAUUUUGGCAGGUGGGGCCUUCGAUGGAGCCUCAAUGAACCCAGCUGUUUCAUUCGGACCUGCCUUGGUUAGCUGGUCCUGGGACAACCACUGGGUCUACUGGGCUGGACCUCUUAUUGGUGGUGGGCUCGCUGGGCUCAUCUACGAGUUCUUCUUCAUUAGCCACACUCAUGAGCAUCUCCCCACUACCGAAUAUUAAGCGGGGGUUCUAAUUAAUUGUCACACAAAAAGCCGAUUUUCUCCGGUUUAAUUUAAUUUGUUGAGUUCCGUAUUCUGUGUUUAAUUUGUGCCCGUUGAUCUUGUUUACUUUUCAUCCUGAUCCUUUAUCAUGAUCAUCAUGCAUGGCGGUGGCAGGUCAUGUUGUUUGCAAUUGCAUGCCCUGGAAAAUGGUAUUUGAGUGACAAUAUUUUUAUUUAUGACAACCAGGGCUGUAAAUGUCAUGAAUUUGUCUUAGCUCUUCUCUGUUUCUAUGAUUGCAUUUCCUAUUUCUUUUUCUUUUUCCU